AUGGCAAGCAAUGCUCAAAGCAAUACUCUGAUGGUGGCAGCUUUCGACUUUGGAACCACGUAUAGCGGUUAUGCGUGCUCCUUCAGACACGACCCUAAUAAUAUUCAGACAAAUCAGAACUGGUACGCAGGCGGUGGUGCUUCAAGAUUAGUUUCACUGAAGACGCCUACAUCCGUCCUUUUAAAUCCAAAGGAAGGGUUUGAAAAGUUUGGUUUUGAGGCCGAGGACAAGUAUGCAAGCCUAGCUGAAGAUGAUAAGCAUUACGGCUGGAGACCUUUUCGGAGGUUUAAGAUGGUGCUGCAUAGCAAUAAGCACUUGACAAAAGACGUAGGGGUGGAUGACUUUUGCGGAAAAAAGAUGAAGGCUUUCCCGUUGUUUGUCAUGUCGAUUAAAUACCUGAAAGAACACUUAUUUGAGGCGAUUACGAGGCAAACGACAGGAUUCGAGGAAACAGACAUCCUGUACGUGUUGACCGUCCCGGCUAUCUGGGAUGGCAAUGCUAAGUGGUUUAUGAGGGAAGCGGCAGUCAAAGCUGGAGUAGACCAAAAAUGCCUAAAGCUGGCCUUGGAGCCGGAAUGUGCCACGGUCCGGUGUGAAACGCUGAGCAUGGACUUUAAGGGCGCUGUAACGGUUCAAGGAUCACAGUUCAUGGUCGUCGACCUUGGAGGAGGCACCGCAGAUAUAUCUGUCCAUGAUUGA